CACCAACCCUCCUUCCCUGCCUCCCCGUCUAGGAUUAUGGUAUGUUGAACCGCAGGCAGUGCCUUUGUUCCCUUCUUCUGAGUCCUGCACGAUGUGUGCCCCGUUUGGGGAGACAGCAAGUUUUCAGCAGCGCUGUGUUCUCGACAGCGAACUGGUGCGUACCACCUGCGCGCAGCCCUCAACGUUGUGCACACCAUGGUCCAUUUCCCCCCCUUCACCGUUUGCCCCUGUGAGUCAGCCCGCUUCCUCCGACAUGCGACGCUCGCGCACUGUUUCAAGAAGCCAUCGCUGACUUCAUCUCCGUGGACAGGAUCCGCCUUCGUCCACGCUAACGUCAAUGCUUCUUCGCUUCGAGUGCCGGCUUGCAUGAUAUCCCUCUCUCCUCGCCGUCUCGAGUGGGGUUGCUGGGCUUUGUUCAGUCUUCUGUAAAGGUCUGGGGGUGGAGGAUAGGGCUUUUUUAAGAGAUACAUUACAUUAUAUGCUGUAUUACAAGAUAGUGUGCAAUAAUAUGUUUUUCCUGAUUCUCA